AUGGAUUUUGUUGAGGUAAAAGGAGUAGCAAGGAAUGGUUUAACGAUGGAAUGGAUCAAACUUAAGACUAUUGGCAAAGAUUCCUUUUCACUUCGAAAGGAACAACAUAUCCUUAAAGAAUUUGUUGGUUGUCGUAAUAUUGUUCCAUGCUUUGGUGAUAUGUUGAGCACUGAUCAAGAAGGGGCGCUGAGAAUGCUGGUUGAAGGGAUUCAAGAUAUUCAUGAGAGAGACUAUGUUCAUUGUGAUCUCAUGCCAAAAAAUAUCCUUGUUUAUUCUUCUGAUUACCAUAUCUCGAUUUCUUCCAAAUCACAACAUGGUUCCCUUAGCAAUCUAAAGAUUGCUAAUUUUGGUUUGGCUAAGCAACUUGGAGAAAGAGAUAUGCCAGAUCAGGUAGAACCUUGGAUGCCAAAUUUUCCAAGUAUAACACUUUACAUGCCAUCAGAAUAUGUUAAAGAAAGGAAAAUCAGUGCUUCGAUAGAUAUAUGGUCUUUAAGGUGUAUUAUUCUUGAGAUGAUCAUUGGAAAACUACCAUGGGGAUAUCAAAACUUGAGAGACUUGAAGAUCAAGUUUAGAUUUUCAAGGGAUUGCCCAAAAAUACCCGACAACAUGUCAAAUGCAAGGAAAGAUUUAUUGAUGAAGUGUUUUGCAAGGGAUCCUAUCGAAAGGUGGAUCGUUGAUAUGCUGUUAUGUCAUCUUCUUCUCAUUUCAAACUGCACUUCAUCAUUGCCAUCUCAAACAAACUCUUUUCAACAUGCACAAUGUGAUGGUUAUUUUCCUUCCAUUAAACAAAUUUUGGCAACGUGCCUAGCUAUUAAUUAA